AAGAAGCUCAAGCUCACCGAUCCCAAUGCUCCGCGUCGAGCGACCAACGCCUUCAUGUUCUAUGCCAACUUGGCCCGCGAGGAGCUGAAGAGGGAACGACAACAAAAGAUCAAUGACGGAGUCGAGUUGGACGAAGCCAAUCUGACCAAGGCACUGGGAGCCAAGUGGAGAAGCCUCGACAACGAGGAGCGAAAGUACUAUCAGGAACUCUUCCGCAAAGACGUGGAGCGAUAUCAGAGAGAGCUUGACGAGUAU